AUGGUCUUCUUCUCGCUUCUCCGUCAUAGUGAGGCUCUUCGCGGCCUCAGGCCAUUGUACGAUCGGGUACUUGUGGAAAGAGCUGCACCCAAAUCCAAAACCCCUGGUGGAAUUAUGCUGCCUGAAUCCGAAACCGACAAAUUCCACGAAGGAGUGGUGGUGGCUGUGGGUGAAGGAGCUAGAACUGAGUCAGGUAUGCUGUCGGAUAUCACUAUACCAUCAGAUAUUGUUGCAUAUUACGUAACACCAUAUAAUAUUGUGCUUUAGGUAAUGUUGUUCCAAAUCAGCUGAAGGUUAAAGAUCGAGUCAUCCUCCCACUUCACGGAGGUCAGAAGAUAAAGGUCGACAAUCGAGAAAUCUGCGUCUACAAGGAGGCCGAAAUUGUCGGAGUAUUUGAAUAA